CUUAUUAAAUAGUGUUCCGGUAUGUCUUCCGAUUUCCAGAAAUUCAACUUUGACAGACUGGAGCGGGAGCUGGAGGAGACAGUGGCGAAGGAGAAGCAGUACUGGCUGGAGAAUGACGCCAAAAUCAGGGCUGUCAAACAGGGAGUGCCCACUUACGACCACUUCAGAGAACUAGUCAACGGUGCCCACUUGAAACCUCUAGAAAAAGGAGAGAAAAUGGACGAAGCCUUCACUAGAUCCAGAAACCAACCUUGGAACAUGCACGCAUCCAGUCACAACCAGUCUUCGGAUUCGACCGAAAUAUCCUCAACUGCUUUAACCUCUUCACAACUGCCCUCAAAUCACGCAGCCUUCAACUUACAAUGGAAAAGAUGUGGGGCUGACUCAGAAAUGAAGUUCAAGUUUCUCAUGCGCUACCCGGAAGAGAAAACUAUUGGACUAGAUCAAGUGUUCAAAACAGACUUACCGGUACAUGUUUUCUCAGAUUGCAUAGCAGUAUUGAAUGAACUCUUUAACACUAAAGAUCAUGAAUAUGUUUUGAAGAUAUUGGCUGAUUUCUCGACAUCGAAAAGGUUUAAACUCACUCUGGAUUUCCUGUCGAAAAGGGAAAAAAUUAUAUUAAGCAGCUUGUUUGAUAAAUUAGAUUCCACUGAAAUAAGCGACAAUUUAAAAGCAGUCUAUAAAAUCAAGUAAAAAUGUACUGUAGUUUUUGUAAAUAAUGUACAAAUCUCAUGUUUCGUCAUGAAUAAGUAAGUUAGUUCAC